AUGUUGGAUUCUUCUCUAUGGGGCCGUUUGCUGCAGGUGCUGCAGCGCACGCUGCGGAAUGCUGCUGCUGCUUCUCUGCGUCGUGUGGUGUUGGGUUCAGUUGUUAAGCGGCUGAGCAAGCAGCAGCUAGAGGUUGCAGUAGGUGGGGGGGAGGUUUGUCUCCUUUCUGUUGAUAUAGAAACGAAACCCCUUACAGAUGCGCUGCAUGCAGCAGGUUGGGGAUGUCUCUCCGUUGUCAGCUGCCACGUUGGCUCUAUUACCCUCAAGCUGCCCCUCACCCUCCGCAUAUCAAGACCUACACUUCUGAUACGUAUACAGGGCCCCCUACAGGGGCCCGUAGACGGUACAGUACAGGGGUUCCUGCCACCCGAAGCGCCAGCAGCAAAUGCUGUUGCUGCAGCUGCUGCUUCGGCAGCAGCUGUCGCUGACGAAACACCUCCGAUGCAGCCACAGCACCCCCACCACUACCCUCCCGGGGGCCCCCAAGGGGGCCCUCUGCAUUGGGAGGCACCUGCUAAAGCAGCAAUGAAACGGGGGAGUUUGCAGUCGAUAGCAAGGAGGGCCGCUAGGGGGCUCACCUCUUGCGCAGUCAAGGGUCUUGCGGACACGAAGCACGGGUCAGCAUCUGCUGCUGCUGCAGGAGCAGCAACCGCCGCCGCCGCAGCAGCAGCAGCAGGUGGAGGUGCCGGCACGGACGGGUCGUCGCUGGCUCAGGGCAUGCAUCGUACGUUCACUAGAGAGGAGAUUCCUGCUCUGUCUGAGGCCCCCUCAUCUUUGUUCUCUUCGGAAGCGUCCAGAGAAGCUCAUGCUGCCGGCGACUGGGGGCCCCCAUCGGGAACGCCUUGGGCCCCUGUGGAGGGGCCCCCCGUUGCAGAGAGUACCCUGUAUGGCAUGGAGUCUCUGCUGGCGCUGCUGCGUCGUGCACUGCACAGCGCAGCAGGGGCAGUAGACCUCUCUGUAGAGCUCAUCACCAUCUGCAUAUACGCAGAGGAGGACCCCCAGUGUCCCACCCACGGACCCCUGCAGACACCAUCGCCAGGGGCCCCUGACGUGGGCCCUGCCGCUGCAGUGAGGCGCUGCAACUCCUCCUGGGACCUCGAGACAGGUGACGGAGGACAACCGGACAAGAGUAACGAUGCAGAAGCAACAGCAGCAGCAGACCACAUACCAGAGGCUGUACCCUGUGGCUACAACGGGGCCCCACGAACUGCGUUGAGUCCUCCUUAUAACAGGAAGCCCCAACACAGCCGGCGGCGACAGUUGCAGCAACACGGGUCAGGAGGGGACCCCUGGUCUUCAGGUGCUCACUCUCUCGCAGGUUCCCCCUGGACAGCAGAGGGGCCCCCAGGGGGGGGGGCCCCAGGGGGGCCCCCAGGGAAAGCUGCGGGGUGCCACCCACGAUCGCUUUGGGCAGUGCGUUUGCAUUUGGAGGGCCUCCGUGGGUGCGACUCGUUUGAAGGCGGCGCGCAGCUGCAGCUGGGGGGCUUUCAGGUGUCUUUGCUGCCCCCUCUUCCUGUUGCAGCGUUUAGGUCGAGAGGAGAAGAUAGCUGGGUUGCUGCAGCAGGUCUGCUGCUGCUGUCCACCAGGGCCCCCAAUAGCGUUAAUGGGUGGCGGGUGCCCCUUCGUGCCACGGGGGGCCCCCCGCAACAGCCUGCGACAGCCACUGACCAAGCAGUAGGAACGGCGGCAACAACAGCAGCAGCAGCAGCAGCAGCAGCAGCAAGGGAGGGUGCUGCCCAGAUCAUUGGAAGGGUCGCCUUGCAGACGGGGCUCCGCUCUGUAACGGCCAUGCAGUCCGAGGCACACAUGAGGGAGUGUGUGUCGCUCCUGCACAGACAGCCAAGUGCUGCUGCUGCUGCUAGUACUCCCGCUACUGCUGCAGCGUACUCGAGGGGACCGCUCGCAGCAGCAGCAGAAACAGCAGCAGCAGCAGCAGCAGCAGGCGAGUGGACCGCCGGCAGGUGCAGCUGCGACGGCUGCCUCAAUGAGGCGCGCUGCAUGUUUGCUAGCAGCAGCAGCAACAGCACCAACAGCAGCAGCGAAUCCUCAGAAGUUCUUUUUGACUAUGGCGUUUGUCUCUCUGUCCCCUUAGUGCUGGUGUUGCUGGGCCCGGAGCACCUGCGUCUCCUGCGCCUUAUAGGGGAGGCCCUCGGGCUGCAGCCGGGGUCAUCGACAGCAACCAGCAGCAUCACCUGCAGCAGCAGCAUGAGCCGAAUCAGCAGCUGGAGCAGCAGCAGCAGGAGCUGCCACACGAGCCCACGCGAGCCUUCGCAGGACCCCCUGUUGCGUUGCGAAUCCGCAGCAGCAGCAGCGGAAGCGCCAGAACAGAGCGUCGCUGGCACUAGCAGCAGCAGCAGCAGCAGCAAUAGCAAUAGCAACAGCAGCAGCAGCAGCAGCAGCAAACGGAGCAACAACAUUGGCAUGUUCACUCCUGGCAGUAGCAUUUUGGCGACUGGGGCUUGGGGCCCCCGUGUACAGCAGGAGGGGGGCCCUCUUGUGGGCCCCCCUCUAGCAGGCUCUGUGCCCCGCUCAGUGUUUUUUGGAGAGGAGGGUGGAGACAGUUGCAGCUUUGGAGGGCCCGCAAGAAGUGAGGGGGCCCCAUGGGCCGCCCCUGCUGAGGAGAGCGAAAACCCUCGCGAAGCACCCCAGGGGGCCCCCUGGUGGUGGCGCGCUGCUGCGUUUUGCGCGCUGGUUGACAGAGGGGGUAGUGAGUUUGGGAUAGAGUCGGGGAUCGGAUCCCAGGAUCCGGAGGAGUCGGACCUCCCGCUUGGGGGAGAGGUGCUGCCGUUCCCUCCUGUUGAGGAGGAGCUGCAGCAGCUGCAGCAGCUGCAACAGCAACCGCAGCAGCAGCUGCAGCAGCAGCAGGAGCGACAGCGGCAGCAGCAUCGGCUCCAAAGGAGGUUGCAAAACCAGGAAGAGCUGCAGCUGCCCAAGGAAAAGGGGAGGCAACUGCAGCAGCAGCAGCAUCAACAACAGCUGCUGCUGCUGCAGGCAGGGGUGGAACAGCGGCAACAGCACAAAAACAAUUGCUUUUCCGUCGAGAACGAAGCAGCAGCACGGAUAAACACGCAGCAGCAGACAGCAGCAUGUGAAACGCAUCACAUGUGUAGACGUCCUCAAACACAGCAGCAGCAGCUGUUGCAGCAGCAGCAGGAGCGGCAGCUGGAAGGGGUUGCGCCGCACCUCUAUAGCGGAGAUGUUAUCGGUGGUUGUCCCGCUGCUCCUGCUGCCGCGGCUGCAGCUUGUGGUGAGGGUCCUUGUGCUGCAUACACGCCAACUUUUGACAGCAGGAGCGCAGCAGCUGCAUGCUUCGGACGCAGCACAGCGGCACCGGCAGCACCUGCACCAGCAGCAGCAGCAGUGACAGCAGCAGCAGGUGCCAUUUCUCCUCGUGCUUCGUUUGUCGUCAGCUUAGCAGUGAAAACAGUGGCUGUUCACUUCGUCAGCAGCAGCAACUUCUGUCCGCUGCUGCUGCCGGACUGCGGCCUGCCGUGGGGCCCCGGCGGGCCCCCCGCAGCUUCUUGGGGGGCCGACGGGGCCCCCUUUGAGGGUUCUCAGGAGAACGCGGGUGCGGCAGACACAGCGCAGCAGCACGAACAGCAGCAGCAGGUGAGUAGCUGCGGGGGGCCCCAGGGAGCGCUCGUACAGGCAGCAGCGCUAGCACGAGAGUUUUGUGUGACUGCUUCUGCUCCUGCUGCUGCUGCCAUCUCCACGGAGCAAGUCUUUAGGAAAGGGGGGCCCUGCAGUCUCCUGUGGGCCCCCGUGCCUUCUGCGCAUAUCUUGUCUCUAUUUGUUUCUGAUUUGUCUGUCUCUGUCUUUUCCCCUACCUGCAACAGCAGCAGCAGCACCAGCAGCAGCGGCUGUGGGGCCCUGGCUGGUGGGUGCGCUCCUGCAGAAGGGGUGCUCUUGAACGCAGUGCCUUCGGCUGCUCCGUUUACAGGAGCAGCAGCAGCAGCAGCAGCAGCUGCGUCUGCUGCUGCAGCAGAUGCAGGAAGAGGAGGGGCCCCUCGGGCCUUAGGCUCGGGAAGGCUAUCAUCAGUAAACAUGCGGACACAGCAGCAGCAACAGCCGCAGUUGACACAGUCACAACAGCAGCUGCAGCAGCAGCAACCUUUGCACGUGCUACAGAGUGUGCUGUUUGUGGGGCAGUGGGCCCUACAGUUCUAUGAGGCGAAAAACUCAGGGGCCCCAGCAGCAGAACCGUGGGGCCCCGGGGCCCCCGAGGGGCCCCUUAGACGUGUGUGGAGGAGCUUGCAGCAGUUUAGGCAACCCGCUGCUGCGGAUCAAGGAGCAGCAGAAGCAACAGGUGCUGCUGCUGCUGAUAUGCAUGUUGCAGAAGCUUCGGCUGCAGCAGCAGCUGCUGCUGCCAGUGAAGAGGAAGCCUCGCUUUCUCUAGAGUCGGUAGCUGCUGCUUCUCCUCUUCCCAACACGCCUCCGCAGCUUUUUAGCAGUGGCAGUCUCGGUACGUGCAGCAGCAGCUGCAACAACAGCAGCAGGUGCAGCAGCAUCUGCAGCAGCAGCAGCUGUAGCAGCAGCUGUAGCAGCAGCAGGAGCAGCAGCAGCAGCAGGAGCAGCAAAUCCAACACCGCACCUGCGGCUAACAGCAGCUUGGGGUCAGGGGAGAAUGGUUCUGAGGGACUGAAAGAGCUGCUGAGUGGAGACGGCGGUGCUGCACGAGCAGCAGCAGCUAGCAGCAGCAGCAGUAGAUGCAACAGUAGCAACACCAGGACGCCAGAAGCACCAGACAGGCAGAAACCGAUCAGUACGCCGACGCCGAAACGUCGUGCAGAGGCAAAAAAAGGAGGAACAACGACAACAAAAAAUAACAGAGCGGGCAGCAACCCUAGCUGCAGAAACCGCUGCAGCAGCAGCGACAGCAGCAAUAGCAGCAGCAAGAGCAGCAACAACAGCAACACCAGCAGAAACAACAGCAACACCGGCAACAAAAACAGCAGCAGAAACGACAGAAAGUGCAGCAGCAGCAGCAGCAGCAGCAGCAGCAGUAAGAGGAACAGAAGAGGCAGCAGCAGCAGCGACAGCGCAUUUGAAGAGUCCGUUAGAGAGCAAAGACAAGCACAAGACGAAGAGGAUCUCGCCAGCAGAACUGCUGCAGCAGCGUCUAGGAUGCCUGCCGCAGCAGAAACAGCAGCAGCAACAGAAACACCAACAGCAGCAGCAGCAGACAGGGAAGCUGCGGAUUGGCCAAGUGGAGUAAAGGCCCCUGCUUCAUCUGCAAGGGGACGCAAAGGGCGUGGUGCAGCCACGGCAGGAGGGGCAGGAACGGUAACAGCAGCAGCAGCAGCAGCAGAAGCAGCAGCAGCAGCAGCAGGAAGAACAGGAGGGUGGAAGGGCGUCCUCAGAGGUAGACGUUUUGUGCUCAAGGAGGGAGGCUCGAAUGCUGCUGCUGCAGCUCCGUCAGCAGGAGCGACGCCAGCAGCAGCAGCAGCAAUAGAAACAGCAGCAGAUGAGGAGCAAGAGAAGGACCAGUUGCAGCAGCUGGAUAUUGCUGCUGGCCCCGGCAGCGCAUGCAGCAGCAGCAAGUUCCUCUCUCCUCAGUGCAGCAGCACGCCUGACAGUGGCACAUCGGAAGAAGUUACAUGCCCCAUAAGAGUAGCAGGUUCACCAGCAGCAGCAGCAGCAGCAGCAGCAACAGCACCAGCAGCAGCAGCACCAGCCGCAGCGACGGGGAGAAAGGGAACGCGGAAGAGCUUCUUGAAGCCUGGCGGGAAGCAGCCGAAGCUUGAUGCUGAGCAAGUGCCACCAGUAGAAACAGCAGUAGCAGCAGAUGCUGCUGCUGCUGUUGCUGCUGCUCAUGCUGCUGCUGCUGCUCUGCAGUGUACAGGGAGCGACGAGGAUAUGUGCAGCAACAUCUUAGGAGGGGAAGUUUUGGAUGACCCCUUUGACACCUUCUCCCUGGCCCAGCAGCAGCAGAGGCAACAGCAGCAGCAACAGCAGCUGCUGAAGCAGGAGGUGCAGCAGCAGCAGCCGGAUAUGUCAACAGCAACUGAAGAGGCUUUAGGGAAUGCGCAGGGCACAUACGGCGCAGUGACAGGCGCAGAAAUAGCAGCGGCAACGGCAGCAGCAGCAGCAACAGCAGCAACAAGGCUUCUGUGCGGUGCUGCUCCUGAAGCUCGAUGGGUUUCUUCUCGUCAGGCGGUGGACGGGCCCUCGUUUGUUGCUGCUGCGUCAGUCCCUGGCAGCAAUACUGCAGCAGCCGAGCUUUUCAACUGCAGCAGCAGCAGCAGCAGCAGCAACAGCAGCAGAUGCAGCAGGAGCACCAGGAGCCUUGGCGUUCCGCAGCGGGUCGUGCCGGCGCUGCAGGAGCUGACGGAGGCUCUGAACGCUGCAGCAACUGGAGGGGCCUUUGGGGGGGGCCCAGUGGAGUACCAGGCGCACUUGCUGCUGUUUGGGGCUUGGCGGGAGGCAGCAGUAGGCAGAGGUUCUGAUGCUGCUGCUGUUGAUGCUGCUGCAGCUGCAGAUGCUUCUAUUGCUGCUGCAGCAGGAGGGACAACGUGCGGUUCGGGGAGACACAGACAGCGAGGCUCGCACGGCAAGAGGCUGCAUACGUACAGAUGCAGUAGCAGCAGCAGCAGCAACAGCUGCAGCAGCGGCGGUGAAAGCGACUACAGCCGCAGCAGCAGGAGUAGCCCUUUGGGAUUCAGACGCACAGGGGCCCCUCUGCUGAGAUGCAGGGGGAGUCUGAACGCGCGCUGCUGCCACAGAGAAGAAACCACAGCAGCAGCAGCAGCAGCAGCAGCAGCAGCAGCAGGUUGGGGGGGAUAUGCUGAGGGGUUUGAUCAUUCCAGGAGCUCUUUUGCUGCUUCGCCUCGGGGGGAGUACUGCUCCUUCCGACGCCGCAGACACAGCAGCAGCAGCAGCAGCAGCAGCAGCAGUAGCGGCAGCGGGAGCAGCAGCAACAGCAGCAGCAGCAGCAGCACUUCAGCAGGGUUUGUGAAGGUGCCUGAGGAGCUGCAGUGGGGCGUUCAUCAGGGAGUCUCGAUCACUCCUCUCGUUGCUCCCCCUGCUUUCCGCUCUGCGCACCUAGGUGCAGCACGAACAGCAGCAGCAGCAGCAACAGCAGCAGCAGCAGCAGCAACGGGGGACGUGGCAAGAACGCAUUUGACAGCCAAGACCAAGGGAGAGGGGGCCCCUCCUGUACCCUCUGCUAGCAGGGGGGCCCCUGCGUCGAGCGGGGACAGCCCAGAUAGACAUCCACUUGUAGCGCUGCGGCUUUCUUACUUCUCCUCUCUGCUGCUUCCUCAGGUUGCUGCUGUGCCCCGGCACUAUACAGACACCGUGGGGGGCCCCCCCCGCGUCGCCUCCAGGCCCCACACUCCACAGGCUUUGGCGUCAGCAGCAGCAGCAGCAGCAGCAGCAGCACCACCACCACCACCAAACCCAGCUGGUGCUGCAGCAGCGGCAGCAGGUAGGAAUGGUACCACCUCGACUGCUGUGCACACUGCACUUCAGCCAGCCCUGUCCGAUACAGCAGCAGCAGCUGCUGCUGCUGCUGCUGCAGCAGAGGCAGCCUCUGCUGCUGCUGCAGCAUGGGCAGACCUGAGCCUGGAGAUCGUCAUCGGCCAGCUGCCCAUUCAAAUCUUAGGGGGCAUCUUGCAGGUCUGCGACUUGGCGUCAGCUGCGCUACUGCCUUGUCCUGCUGCUGGGUCCGAUGCAGCAGCAGGCGCAACCGCAGCAUCAGCAGCAGCAGCAGAAGCUGCUGCUGGGCAGCUGGCACUGCAAUCCGCUGGUGAGCGGCUCCCUGUUUACUUCAGUCUGUCUCUCUCGUGUCUUCGUCUCCACGUCGGCGCCUCCGAGAGUUCAGAGGCAGCAGAAUCUAUUACAGCAGCAGCAGCAGCAGCAGCAGAAGCUGCAGGAGCAGCAGCAGCUCCAGGUAUAGAGCUGCAGUAUCUCCACCCGGAAAGUAACACUGUAGGGCAAGAGCUGUUCGACAGGAGCAGUAGCAGCAGCAGCAGCAGCAGCAGCAGCAGCAGCAGCAAUCUCCUUGUGGAUAUGUGCGGGUUGAAGGCUACGUACUGUCCAGGCGAACCGUUUUGGGGAGAAGACAGCAGUAGCAGCGGCAGCAGCAGCAGCAGCAGCAGCAGCAGCAAUAACAGCAACGACGGCAGCAGCAGCUGUACAGUCACCAGUGGCGCCCCAGCAGAUUCAGACUCUUCCCGAGCCUGUCAUGCAUCUUUGCUGCUGCAGCAGCACAUCCGCUGCUUCUUGCUGUACAAGCGAAAGCAGCAACAGCAGCAGCAGCAGCAGCAGCAUCACGACGCUCUGCAGCAGCAGCCUUGGGUGUAUCGGCUGCUGUUCUCUACCUGUGUGCCUAGCGACUCAACGCGUGACCCUUCAAGGGGCCCCUGGAUGGGGGCCCCUGGGGGCCCCCCAAUACAGCAGAAGUUUGCGUGGAUGCCGCUGGUACCCAUGCUAACAACUCCAGCCCCUUCAUUCUCUUAUAGGUGUCUCGGCCCGCCCGCCCACAACUCUCGAGCAGCAGCCACUGCAGCGGGAGCAUCGUCAGCAGCAGCAGCAGCUGCUGCUGCUAUCGGUGCAGCAGCAACUGCUGCAGCACCGCCCCGCAGAUGGGAUGCUGCAGAGGCGCCCACCGAUGAGGCAGGGAGGUGCGCGGACGGGCAGCAGCAGAAAGUGCAGCAGCAGCAGCAGCAGCAGCAGCAGGAACAGCAGCAGCAGCAGCGGGAAUGUGAGGUGGCAUCUCUUCAUGUGCCGUUUGUUGAGGCCUCUCUCGACUCCGAGUUGGCUGUCCCCUUGGGUGACCUGAUGCAGUGUGUCUCCUGGGUCUCCAGCGCCUUCAGCAGCAGGGGAGAAGAAACAGCAGCUGCUGCAGCAGGAGCAGCAGCAGCAGAGCAACAGCUACGGCAGAAACCGCAACUGCAGCAGCAACUGCAGCAGCAGCAGCAGCAGCAGCAGGUGCAGCCCCUGUGGAGACGACUGCUGGGAACACCCGGCAGCAGCGCGAGUGUCUCCUUCGGGGCGGUCUCGCUAGACUGCUGCCUGAAGAAACGCAGCUGCAGCAGCAACAAAAACAUGAGCAGCAGCAGCAGCCACAACAGCAACAACAACAGCAGGUUGACGAGCUGGCACUGUUGGGCCCCAUUGCCUACGGAUCUUUCAGCAGCAAAUGCAGCAGCAGCAGCAGCAGCAGCAGCAGGAUGUGUCUGUCGGUGCAGCAACUGCUCGAGUGGGGUGUACAUUGAGCUGGGGAGGUUGUUGUGUUCUUUCGCUUGUCUUCCUGGCGUCUCAGCAGCAGAGGGGGCGGCAGCAGCAGCAGCAGCAGCAGCAACAACAGCAGCAGCAGAUACGUGCUGCACGCGCUUGCUGGGGUCAGCCUCACUAGGCAGCAUUGCAGCCUUCAGUUGUUCGGAGCCGGUGUUUUACACCUGGAGGGCCUCCUUAUAUCAGGGCAGCAGCUCCCCACGCGACGCAGCAGCAGCAGCAGCAGCAACAGCAGCAGCAGCAGCAAAUUGCCGUGGAGGUUCUGCUGGUACCCCGUAUUCCCUUUCAGUGCAGGAGAGAGACUGUGUGUUCUCGGUGAUCGUUGGUGGGAGAGAUCUCGGCGACGAUCCCUGCAGCAGCAGCAGCGACACCACUAGCAGCAGCAGCAGCAAAAGCAGCAGCAGCAACAGCAGCAGCAGAAAGUACAUCUGUAUAGAGACUGUGGAGGUGAAUGCAGAGUGCCUCGUGGGCGUCUGCAGCACAAGGGCAUUAGAAGGAGCCACUGCAUGUCUUACAGUCCUCGAGCAGUGUCUGGUAGCAGCUACACCCACGCCGCAGCCGCAGCAGCAGCAGCAACAGCAGCAGCAGCAGCAGUUGCUGCCGCCGCUGCAGCAACAGCAGCAGCAGGAAGGGAUCACAUUUUCGUUCGAGGGAUUGCGACUGAAAGGAAGCAUAUCUCAGAGCUUGUUGCUGCUUCCGCGUUUCUAUGAAGCACUGCAACCUGCAAGGGAAGCUCCACCAGCAGCAGCAGCAGCAGCGGCAGCAGCAGCAGCAGCAGCAGCAGAAGCGGUGGUUCAAGGAGGGCCCCAGGAGUGGAAAGAGGGCCCCGAGGGCCCCAGCAUGAGGGGGCCCCCCGACGCUAGCGAGCCGGUACUGGACUUAGAGGGCGCGGGCUGGCUGGCAGUGCUGCACGUGAAGGCUCUGCGCCUUGAAUCGCAGCAGCAGCAGCAGCAGCAGGGGCAAGGGCAAGGGCAGGCUGGGUGGAGAGGAACGGCUGCAGCAGGAGGUACAGCAGCAGGAAUAGUAGGGUCAGCAGCAGCAGCAGCAGCAGCAGCAAGACUGCAUAUUGGCGUUCACUGCAGCUCAUUGGAGUUAUAUCUUCUGGAUGAGGGGACACGUCUCUGUCGCUGUGCUGCAGCAGGUGAUGAGGUGUCUCUGCAGCAGCUGUCUCUGGUGCCGCUGCCUUCGCCUCUGAUACGAAGGCCCUUCCUUGCUGCAGGGGCCCCCUGGGAUGCACUUGCAUCCGCUUGCUGCUGCUGCUGCUGCUGCGGCGGCGGCAGCAGCAGCAGCAGCAGCUUCUGGAGAGGGGACAAUCGCGCUGCGACCUGCCCUAGGGACGGAUUGCUACCAGCAGCAGCAGCAGCAGCAGCAGCAACAGCACACCACAAGGCUCCCUUACCGGCUCUUGUCUUCAGAGCAGAUGCAGCAGCUCCUCUGCUUCCCCGCUGCGGGUUGAUGCGUCUGUUGGUUGCUGAUGGGUCUGUCUGUUCGCUGCUUCUUCCAGCAGCUCUAGGAGUUAAUAGCACAGCAGAAGCAGCAGCAGCAGCAGCAGCACCAGCUUCUGCUGCUGCUGCAGCAUGUGGUGUUGCUGCAACAGGCAGCAGCAACCCAGGGUCGUUUCGCGGGCUGCUGCGCUGCAGCAGCAUGGAAGGGACCCUGUCCCCAGACAGCCUGCGGUGUCUGCUGAUUGUCUGCGUAGAGUUGCAGUGUCUCCUUUCUCUACAGGAGACACCAGCAGAGCUGCAGCGUCUAGCGAACGCAUGGGAACGUCUCCUCGCUGCUGCUGCUGCUGCUGCUGGUGUUGCAGCAGCUGCCGGCGCAGCAACUGCUGCACCUGCUGCACCAGAUGCUGCGGCUGCUACUAUAGCAACUGCAGCAGCCGCUGCACGCAAAAACCAAAAGCAGCGGGAGACAGCAGGAGACAGCUCAGAGACACUCCUUGAAAGGGCGUCAGAAGGCAUUCUGCAGAACCGCAGCAGCCGGCAGCAGCAGCAGCAGCAGCAGCAGCAGACAAAUCUGCUAGAAGGUGUAGACCUUAAUGCAUUUCUAGUGCAACGGGGAGGCAACAAACAUGGGGGCCCAUUGGGGACCCAGCAGGGGCCCCCAAAGGGCCUCCUCAACCUCAGCAGGAGCAGCAGACGUCUGUCGCCGAAGGACAGCCAACCAGCGCGAGAGCGCAGCAGCACAGCAGCAGCCGCGGAGGCAGCAGCAGGAACAGCAGCAGGAGCAACUGGGGGGGCAGACAGAUUUAAGGAGGCGCUGAAGACUGUAUCGGCAGCAGCAGCAGCAGCAGCCACCGCUGGUGCAGCAGCAGCAGCAGCAGCAACAGGGCAGGAGGAGGAGAGUGAUGAUUCCGAGUCUUCUUGGGAGGAGGCAGCAGACGGAGACACUUCAGGUGUAUCUGCAGCUGCCCGCAGCAGGGCCCAUGUGUCGUGUACAGCAGCAGCAAUAGAAGAGAUGCAGCAGCUCGAAGCAACAACCCGAGCAGAUGUUGCAGCGCUCUAUAAACAAGACAGAGAGGGGCCCCCUGGGGGCCCCCAGGAGACGCCUGCUGCUGCUGCAGCAUCUGCCUCUCUUGUCAUGCAGACUGAACAGGAUAAAGACCAGACUAGCAGCAGCAGCAGCAGCAGCAGCAACAACAACAACAGCAGCAGCUUUCGCGGGUUGCCUGUGGGUGUGGCGGCAACAACAGAGGAUUACUUCGGGAUGCCUGCUGCUGCUGCUGCUGCAUCUACAGGGCCUCACUAUUUCUUUGACUUCUCUUCAUCUGGGCCGAGCAGCUGCAGCGAGGAAGAGAGCUGGCGUUUGCCUGUGGAGGGGGCCCCCUGGGGCCCCCCCUUGGGGGGCACCUGGGGGCCCCUGCUGCAGCAGCGGGCCCGCAUAGAAGACCCCGAGACUGGGCUUGUGCAGCAGGUCCCCUGGGGGCCCCUGCUGCAGCUUGAGGUGGGUACAGCUUCUCUUACAUUCUUUCAGGGGCCCCACUUCUCCGACGGGGUGCAGCCGCCCCUGGGGUUGCGGCCUGACUUGCUGCGUCUCUGCUGCAGCAAUACCAGCGCUGUUCUCGCGUGCACAGGCAGCAGCAGCAGCAGCAGCAGCAGCAGCAACAGUACUAGCAGCAGCAGCAGCAGCAGCAAAGGGGGAUUGCGGCGGUUUUUCGGGUUGCGUGUUGGUGAUGUAAGUAUAGAAGAUUUGGUUGAGGGCUCUUCGUUUGGCUUGCUGCUGAGAUACCAUGAAGACGAGCUGAGCAGGCCGCGGCCUUCAUCCUCUUCUAUGCUGCGUGUCUUAGCUACAGAGUACUGGCUGCCUCCUCCUCCACAGGAGCAGCAGCAGCAGCAGCAGCAGGAGAAGCACCAGCAGCAGCACCAGCACCAGCAGCAGCAGCAGCAGCAGCAGCAGCAGCUAGAAUAUGAUGUAGAUGUCACCGUGCUACCUUUUGCGGUGUCUCUACACCAAUGCACUGUCGAUGCUGUUGCUGCUUUCUGGGAGCAGACGCUUCUUGCUGGUGCUGUUGAGCUGCAGCCUUCGUUGCUGCUGCUGGAGGAGGAGCAGCAGCAGCAGCAGUCUGCUGCUGCCUGCAGCAGGGGGCCCCCCUCUUCAGCAAGGGGAGGGGGCCCCCGCGGGGGUCCCCCCAGCGGGGCCUCACCGUCUACCUUUCGCUCGCGGGCCCACUGCGAGAGGCACCACGACCAUCACCAGCUCGUCUACCAAUACCAGCAUGAACACAGACAGCGCGCAAAGCAGCAGCAGCAGCAGCAGCAACAGCAGCAGCAGCAGCAGUCCAGGAGGCGGAGAGGGGCCCCCUCAAACUUUGCGUGGGAGCCGCCGACAGCAGCAGCAGUACCCUUUGAUUUCAUUGGGUUUGAAGGCAUAGAGAUGGCGGUGCCUGCUCAAGUACUCUGCGACAUUUCUUCUGUCGGCGCUCUCUUCAGCAAAUUCACAGCUCACUGGCUUGCUUGCCUCAGCAGGGCCAUAAUGCUGAGGUGUAUCGACAGCGUACCCCCCCUCAGCUGUCUCCUCAAGGGGGGCCGCAAACUGCGCAGCUGGCUGCAGCGGCUGUUCAGGAGGCGCCGGGGGUGUCUUUCUGAGAGGGCCCUGCGCGGUGUACAUACACUGCUGUAUUUGUUGGAUCGUGCCUAUACACCCGGGAGCUGUCCCCCGUAUCCUUCGGCUACAUUCCGUGCCCGCAGCAGCAGAGGCAGCGACGUGCUUCUGCUGCUGCAGCAGCAGCAGCCAGGCAGCAGCAGCAGCAGCAGACGCCGACACAACCCAAGCACCCAGGGCAGCAGACGGCUGCUGCAGAGACCACCAACUUCACAUGCAUCUUAUGAGGCUUCUUCUGCAGAGGGCGGCAGCUGGGGGGGGGCGCGAGACAGCGAAGGCGGCAGCGAGUGGGCCGUUGUGCAUCUAGGGGCUGAAGGAUUCUAUGAGCCUGAAGGUGUAGCAGCAGGCCUGGGCGAUGCAUGCCGCUGCGUGUCUCGGGGGUUUGGCUCUGCCCGCGACGUUUGUCUGCGUCUGUACACCCCAAAUGCAGGGGGCGUAGAGGUGCUGCAGAUUGCUGGCCGUUUGUUUCCCACUCUUCUUCUCAGACCUCUGCUCGGCAUUUCUGAGGGAUGCACCAGAGCUGUACAGGGGGCCCGCAACCAGCUGCGGCCUGCAGCGCGGGCCGAGUGGCUGGCGGGGGCGCGUCGCCCCCGCGUUGACAUUGGUCAGAUAUGUUCAGAUGAAGACGAUGAUAUGCUCAUUGCUUGA